CACACACACACACACACACACACACACACACACACACACACACACACACACACACACACAGGGAAACACAGUCCACUCCUGAAGACACGCAGCACUGAAGUGAUUGGUACCAUGAAGGGGCUUCUGCUCCUGUGUCUGCUCCCCUUGUUUGGAGGUCAAAGGUCAUUCGCCUGCCCUCAACUUUGCUCAUGUCAUGGUGGUCAGGUGGAUUGUAGCAGCAGGUCUCUCACCUCUUCCUCGCUGCCCACCAGUUUCCCGACAGGGACCACCUCCCUCUUCCUCCACAACAACCGGCUGACCCACCUCCCUAACGGGCUCCUGGAGGAUUUGACCUCUCUCCGCUCCGUCUCUCUACAUGGAAACCCCUGGGAGUGUGACUGUGGCGUCCUCUAUCUGCGCGCCUGGCUGCUGCGUCAGCCCAUCUCCCUCAUGUCACAUCUGGGCGUCAACUGCAGCUCCCCCCCCGGCCUGAGGGGGCGGCUGGUGGUGUAUUUAACGGAGAAGGAGGUCCUGGAGUCCUGCCACUACUGGUACUGCGACCUGGCUCUGGCCUCGCAGGUGUGUCUGUUUGUGUUUGUGGUGGUGCAGGCGGCUCUGCUCGUGGCUCUCAUCGUGUUUCUGAGAAGGUUCGAGAGGCUCUUCAAAGAGGCAAGGAGAACCUCGGAGGAGAACUUCACAUUUGGGGAGGGUCUGAGGGAUAACAUCUACGGCAAUAUCUGACCUGCUGCAGUGGUUUGUUAGAUCCAAAGUAAUGAAGGAUAUCGGUUUAUUUAUUCAAACACUGGAAAGAAUAUGUAUUUAUUGUUUUGGUUUUUCAGAAUCCAAAUUUAAUUUGUGCACAGGCAGACAUUGGUGGAUAAAUGAAUGGGCCCACAGGGCUCAGACCCAGGGCCCAAAAGUGUCAGGGGCCCCUAUUGACUUCAUAUAUAAAAUGUAAUUUAAAGAGACAUGUACAAACCAGGAAGAAACUCAAAAUGAUCACAAAGAGACAUAAAAUGAAUACAAAGAGUACAAAAUUACCAUAAAGAGAUGCAAAACAACCACCGACAGAAGAUAGCUUCAAAAAAGAGACACAAAACAACAAAAACAGGAUAAACAACUUUAAAGUCUGGGUGUUUUGCUAUUAUGUUGGGGAGGUGGUGGAGUUUUCUGCAUGUCUGUGCAAAGGGGCCCAUUGUGUCAAAAUCUGUGCAAGCAAAUUACAAAUUAAAAGAAACCCUGUAUAGUGAAUCAUAACAGAAUUGCAGAUGCUUCCAAACAAGCCGAAGAAAAAGUGGAAGGGUAUUUAGCUCUGUAACUGGAGAUUCGUGAACACCUGACUACUACACUUUAUUUAUUUUUUCUUAAAUGUGUCAACCAUCUGUGUAUCCAUGGACCAUCCAUCCUAUACCACUGUAGAAAUAGUCUAUAAAAAGAACGAUGUAAAUUAGGGAUGUAACAAUACCCAAAACUCUCGGUACGAUAAUAUCGCGAUAACAAGUCCACGGUACGGUAUUUAUCGCGAUAUUGAAUAAUAAAGGGAAGAAAAAAAUUCAAUUUUUUUUUUUUCAAUAAAAUAUUUUUUUACUCGGAAAAUGUUUCUUUAUUACAAAAUAAAUCUGAUUUGUACAGCAUUUUAGUAGGAUAGCAGUAUUUUAAAGUGUAAAAAACAAAGAUCUGCACUAAAGUUCGAC